AUGUGUACCCCAGGAUCUUCAAUUUGUUGUAUAUUUCCAAUGGAAUUCUUCAAGAAAAUUAUUUUCAAAUGUCAAAAAGCAGAAGAACCCAAGGAAAUUGUGUUCAAACCGUUUCGAUUAUUGAAUCUUCCAGAUGUGGUGCUUAUUCAGGUGCUCCAGGGUAUGAGUCCAAUUCAGAUAAUCGAGCUAACAUUCUGCUCUAAACGAACUCGUCUAAUUAUUCAAUCGUAUGUGAAAUCAAUCAUGAAGCAUUACGAAGUAACUGCCAAAUUUGGUGGUCCAACUAAUCGAGUGCGCUUUUCAAGCUCGAAAAAUCCUGAAAUUUAUCACAAGCUGAUAAUGGAGGAUUCGUUGUUUGCCAGAGAAAUGAAUAUGACUAGAAGAUUCAUAGCGAAUCGUUCCGUGAAAGCUGUGUAUCGAGAAACGUAUCCAGGAUCUUUGAUCACUUAUUGGAUGGACCCGAUUAUUGGAGCACAGAAGUUUACGGAAUAUGUGUGCGCUACGUUUAGGUGUAAUGUCACAGUGGAGUUGGGUUUGAGGGUGAGUAGACCGCAAAUGCGCUCUACUGGACAAAACUAUUGUAUUUAG